AUGUCGACGUUCCUCCACCCCCGGAGGGUAGAGCAACCUACCGACGCCGCCAUCCCUGACCUCACUCCUCGCCAUUUCCUCUCCGGCUGGGACGCCGCCAAAUUCGAUGAGCUCAAAUACUCCUUCGGCCUUACGGGCGUCGACCAAGUCGGAAACUUCAUCUGGGUCGACACAUUCCUAUACAUAUUAGUCGGCCUCGCGGCUGUUCUUCUAGGUCUGCGGAUAACGCACAUGUGGUGGCGCCACAACCGCCAUCUAUCCACAAUGGGAAACCCCACGCGGCAGGCGUAUUGGGCGACCAACAGGACCAGCUGGUGGCCCUGGUUGAACCGCCAUCUUCUUUCUGCACCUCUGUGGAAGAAGAAGCACAAUGCGCAGUUCCAGAUCAGCAAUGCGAUUGACAACGGCACACUGCCAGGAAGGUGGCACACGAUCAUGCUCGUCACCUACGUGGGCUUGAACUUCGCGUGGUGCGUUGCGCUGCCAUACAAGGUCCUCGAUCACAAGGCCACCAUCGCCGCUCUACGAGGCCGCUCAGGAACUCUAGCCGCACUCAACCUUAUCCCGACCGUCCUCUUCGCCCUCCGCAACAACCCCCUGAUCCCGCUCCUCCAGGUCUCGUACGAUGACUUCAAUCUGUUCCAUCGCUGGGCAGCUCGCAUCACUAUCCUCGAGUCCAUCGUCCACACCGUCGCCUGGAUGUACAACACUGGCCACGGAGCUGGUUGGACCGCCAUCGCCAACGGCCUGCGCACCGAGGGCUCCUACGGCUGGGGAAUGGUCGGAACCGUUGCGUUCACGCUCAUCGGCAUCCAAGCCUGGUCACCCAUCCGCCAUGCUUUCUAUGAGACGUUCCUCAAUAUCCAUCGCCUGUGCGCCAUCGCCGCUUUGGUUGGCCUGUACAAGCAUCUCGAGAUGCAUAAGCUACCCCAAAUUCCGUGGAUGCAUCUCAUCUUCCUCUUCUGGGGCGCUGAGUGGAUUAUCCGCGGCCUCUCAAUUCUAUACUACGGCUUCAGCCUCAAGAAGAAGUCCAGCGUCACCGUCGAAGCCAUGCCUGGAGAGGCCGUCCGUAUCACCAUCGAUCUCGUCCGCGAGUGGACACCCCGACCCGGCUGCCACGUACACAUCUGGAUGCCCGCCAUGUCCCUGUGGUCCUCGCAUCCUUUCUCCGUAGCCUGGGCCCCAACGCUUACCCCUGACUCCAAAGAAAUGACGCUCCCCAUUCUCGAGGGAGAUUCGCUCAGCCUCCCCGGCGCGCCUCAGAAGUCAAAACAAAUCAACCUCGUCGUCCGUGCCCGCACAGGUCUUACGCGCAAAAUGUACGAACGCGCAUGCAAAUCGCCCAGCGAAUCCUUUACUACUUGGGGCUUCAUCGAAGGUCCCUAUGGCGGCCAUCACAGCCUGGAUUCCUACGGCACUGUUGUCCUGUUCGCCGGCGGUGUAGGCAUCACGCACCAGGUCAUGUACAUGAAGCACCUUGUCGGCGGCUUCAACAAUGGCACAACAUCGACGCAGAAAAUCGUCUUGAUCUGGACCGUCCCGUCUAGCGACUGCUUGGAAUGGGUACGGCCGUGGAUGGACGAGGUCCUCCGCAUGAAGGGCCGCAAACAGUGUCUAAGGAUCAAGCUGUUCAUCUCCAGGCCAAAGGGCAGAGUCGAGUCGAGCAGUGAGACGGUCAAGAUGUACUCUGGCCGUCCGCAGCCUGCCGCUCUGAUCGAAGAGGAGGUGCGGAAUCGCGUCGGCGCUGUAGCCGUCACGGUUUGCGCAUCUGGAGGAAUGGCGGAUAACGUCCGCGCUGCCGUGAGGCCGUGGUUGACAGAGGGCUGUGUGGACUUUAUCGAAGAGGCGUUUACUUACUAA